AUGUAUCUUUUAGGCUCUUCCAAGGCUGGAGAGAGAGAUAUAGAUGAAGAGGUGAAGAAGGCUUUGAUUGGUAUGAAGCAGAUGAAAAUCAUGAUGGAAAGAAGAGGGGAGGAACAUACCAGCCUAAUGAAAACCCUGAAGAAAUGCAGAGAAGAAAAGCAGGAGGUCCUAAAACUUAUGAAUGAAGUUCAAGAACAUCUGGAAGAGGAAGAAAGCCUAUGCCAGGUUUCUUUGGCAGAUUCCUGGGAUGAAUGCAAGUCUUGCCUGGAAAGUAACUGCAUGAGAUUUUACACAGCCUGCCAACCUAGUUGGUCCUCUAUGACAAAUAUGGUUGAACAGUUUUUCAGGAAGAUUUAUCAAUUUCUGUUUCCCUUCCAUGAAGACAAUGAAAAAGAUCUCCCCAUUGGUGAAAAGUUAAUCGAGGAAGACACACAACUGAUCCAAAUAGAAAAGGUGUUCAGCCAGCUGACUGUGGAUGUGAGAUUUCUUUUUAACAGGAGUUUUAAUGUCUUCAAACAGAUGCAGCAAGAAUUUGACCAGGCUUUUCAAUCAUAUUUCAUGUCAGAUACUGACUUUAUUGAGCCUUACUUUUUUCCAGCUUUAUCAAUAAAGGAACCAACAAAAAAAGAGCCAAUGAAAAACGCAGAUCUUUUGCAAAGGUUGGACAUUCCCAGCUUCUUCCAGCUGUUUUGUAAUUUCAGCCUCUCUAUUUAUCAAAGUAUCAGGGCAACAAUUACUGAAACACUGAAUGCAAUGGAGGAGUUACCAAAACAAGACAAAGACUCUAACCAUGGAGGCCUGAGUUCACAGACGUUGCAAGACAAAGGACUGUGUGGAGAACUUGGCCAGAAUUUGUCAGACUGUCUCCAGUUUCAUACAAGAUGCCAGAAAUGUCAGGAUUACCUGUGGGAGGACUGCCCUGAUGUACCUGAAUUAUAUACAAAAGUAGAUGAGGCCUUUAAAUUGGUCAAUGUAUCCAAUCAUCAAUAUACCCAGAUUCUCCAGAUGACCCAGCAUCACUUGGAGGACACCACAUAUCUGAUGGAGAAGAUGAGAGAGCAAUUUGGCUGGGUAACUGAACUGGCAAACCAGACCUCAGGAACUGAGAAUGUCUUCAAUUCCAUAAAGGUGCUUCCAUGGAUUCAAGAAGAAAAUUUUUCCAAACAAGAUGAAAUAAUGAUAGAUGUAAGUAUUCUGUCGGUCCCCAAUUUCACACUCAAGAUCCCUCUUGAAGAAAAUUCUGAGAGUUCUAACUUCAUUAGCUACAUGCUGGCGAAAGCUGUACAGCAUUUUAAGGAACAUUUUUAAACGUGGUAA